UCUUUAGACAUUUGAUUUCUGUUGGCAUGCUUAUAAAUUCAGGAAUUUUUUAGUUUAUAUAGUUUAAGAGUUGGUUGAAAUCAUAGUUUGCCAUUUUGUUCAUCCUUUGUAAUGCAGAUUUUCUUUCCAGGUAGAAGGACAAGAAAAUAAUGAGCCAUUGCCAUAGAAACACAAAGGGUUAAAGGUUUCUCUUUUCUUUUUGCUUUGGGUGAUAUAUAUAUAUUAUACUUUGAGCAACUUGUAUAUUAUAGUGCUCAAGAAUCUUCCAGCUUACUGGAAGCUUCAGAUCCAAAAUUAGAAUAUAAAAGAAUUACUGCCUUUAAAAUGCUAACUAGCAAAUCGGAGCAGUUGAUUCUACAAUUCUGAUUAUUUCGGAAGUUUAGUUAAGUGAAGCAAAAGUAGCAUUAAGAGGCUUUGAUACUUUUUAAUAGUUCAAGUCUGUUCUGAUUAUUUUAGAAUCUAAGUCAGUGCAAGGGGCAGUAGUGGGCCUGAUGGAAACUUUCCUCAGGUGAGUCAGCUUGACAAGUAACCUUAGAGCACCUGUUGAUUAGAAAUAUAAUUGGUUGCAGGUUUUUGUAAAUUAGCAUUUCAGCCUGCAUGAAUUAAUAGGGAUAUGGAUUUUACUUGCUUAACUGUCAUUGAUAUAAACAUGUAUUGUCAGAAUUCACAGGCCCAUACUAACUGUCCUUAAUUUCUUUCCUACAGCAGUACUGCUAUAUGCCAGUCCUGUCUGCAUUCUUAAGGGUGCAGUUCAACACAUCCUGUGUAGAUAAUGGUGAAAAAGUAUCCCAAAGGAAAGUCCUAUCAAAGCUAGUGUCAGAAUGACACUGCCAAUUGGGCAAUGAACUUCAGCAUAGAAAAUGUAUUAAGAAUUUUACUUUGUCCUAAAUUAGUAAUGCUAUACUACCUGUAUAGCCAAUCUGCACAUAAAGAGUAGUGCUUCCUUGAUGAGUUUGUUACUAUAUAGUUGGGCUUCUGUAAAAUAUUUAAAGUUAGAAUAAAUUCAAGGUACAGAUUAGCAUAUCUUAGGAUGUGGAAAAACAUUUUGCCUGUGAGUAUCCUUAUGAUGAUAAAUGUAGUUUACUGCAAUCAGCUCACAAUUGUAAUUGUACCAUCAGUAUCUGUGGGGGGAGAAAUUGGGUGCUCUUAAAGUGAAGCCCUUUAACAUGCCUCCACAAAAUGAGGAUCUGGGAAUGGUUAUCCAGAUUCAUCAAACAUAUACGCUGGUCUAUAAGAUAAAGCAAUUUGAGUCAUUAUCUAGGUUUACAAUAGUUUCAUAGUCAGAUAACAUAGGCUUUAUCAGCUUGAACAAGGUAAUGUGUUGAUUAUAAAUAUCUUUCCAAAGUGUUACUAAUGGUAAAGAGAUAAUUUUCUAGGCUUCUAUUCUGCUGCUUGAAGUCAGAACUGCUGAUGGAGACAAAGGCACGAAAGUGAGGGAAGACACCUGAUCCUAAAAUGAAUGCCAGAACAUAUAUGGAUGUUAUGCGUGAACAACAUUUAACAAAAGAAGAGAGGGAAAUUAGGCAGCAACUAGCAGAAAAGGCCAAGGCUGGUGAACUUAAAGUCGUCAAUGGUGCUGCAUCCCAGCCACCUUCAAAACGCAAACGGCGUUGGGAUCAGACUGCUGACCAGACUCCUGGCACCACACCGAAGAAACUGUCAAGCUGGGAUCAAGCUGAGACCCCUGGACAUACUCCAUCUUUGCGCUGGGAUGAAACGCCUGGUCGUGCAAAGGGUAGUGAGACGCCUGGAGCAACCCCUGGCUCUAAAAUAUGGGACCCAACUCCCAGUCAUACACCAGCAGGAGCUGCAACACCUGGGCGUGGUGAUACACCUGGUCACGCAACACCAGGCCAUGGAGGUGCAACUUCCAGUGCAAGGAAAAAUCGAUGGGAUGAAACUCCCAAAACAGAAAGAGAUACUCCUGGGCAUGGGAGUGGUUGGGCUGAAACUCCUCGUACUGAUCGAGGUGGCGAUUCCAUUGGUGAAACACCAACUCCUGGAGCAAGUAAAAGAAAAUCACGAUGGGAUGAAACACCUGCAAGUCAGAUGGGUGGGAGCACCCCUGUGUUAACACCUGGCAAAACACCGAUUGGUACACCAGCUAUGAACAUGGCAACCCCUACGCCAGGUCACAUAAUGAGCAUGACUCCUGAACAGCUCCAAGCAUGGCGAUGGGAGAGAGAGAUUGAUGAGAGGAAUAGGCCACUUUCUGAUGAAGAGCUGGAUGCGAUGUUUCCUGAGGGAUACAGGGUUCUUCCUCCUCCAGCUGGUUAUGUUCCUAUUCGUACUCCAGCUCGUAAACUUACAGCAACUCCCACACCUCUGGGUGGCAUGACUGGAUUCCACAUGCAAACAGAAGAUAGGACCAUGAAAAGUGUCAACGACCAGCCCUCAGGAAAUCUUCCUUUCCUAAAGCCAGAUGACAUACAGUACUUUGAUAAACUGCUGGUUGAUGUUGAUGAAUCAACACUUAGUCCAGAGGAACAGAAAGAGAGAAAAAUAAUGAAAUUGCUUUUGAAGAUUAAGAACGGCACCCCUCCAAUGAGAAAGGCUGCAUUGCGACAGAUUACUGAUAAAGCUCGUGAAUUUGGAGCAGGCCCACUUUUCAAUCAGAUUUUACCCCUGCUGAUGUCACCAACGCUUGAAGAUCAAGAGCGCCAUUUGCUUGUCAAAGUUAUUGACAGAAUCUUAUAUAAAUUAGAUGACUUGGUCCGACCAUAUGUGCACAAGAUUCUUGUGGUCAUUGAACCAUUGCUGAUUGAUGAGGACUACUAUGCCAGAGUGGAAGGCAGAGAAAUUAUUUCCAACUUGGCUAAGGCAGCUGGUCUGGCGACCAUGAUCUCCACCAUGCGACCCGAUAUUGAUAACAUGGAUGAAUACGUUCGUAACACAACAGCUCGAGCCUUUGCAGUCGUUGCCUCUGCUCUGGGCAUUCCGUCUCUCUUGCCCUUUUUGAAAGCUGUGUGCAAAAGCAAGAAGUCGUGGCAAGCCAGACACACCGGUAUCAAGAUUGUGCAGCAAAUUGCUAUUCUUAUGGGCUGUGCAAUUUUACCUCAUCUCAGGAGUCUGGUUGAAAUCAUUGAGCACGGCUUGGUGGAUGAGCAGCAGAAAGUUCGCACCAUCAGUGCUUUAGCUAUUGCUGCUUUAGCUGAGGCAGCAACUCCCUAUGGUAUUGAAUCCUUUGACUCUGUUCUAAAGCCCCUGUGGAAGGGCAUACGUCAACACAGAGGAAAAGGUCUGGCUGCCUUCUUGAAAGCUAUUGGGUACCUUAUUCCACUUAUGGAUGCAGAGUAUGCCAACUACUAUACCAGAGAAGUAAUGUUAAUCCUUAUCAGAGAGUUCCAGUCUCCUGAUGAAGAAAUGAAAAAGAUUGUGUUGAAGGUAGUAAAGCAGUGCUGUGGGACAGAUGGUGUUGAAGCAAACUACAUUAAAACAGAAAUUUUGCCCCCGUUUUUCAAGCAUUUCUGGCAGCAUAGAAUGGCACUGGACAGGAGAAAUUACAGACAGUUAGUUGACACAACUGUGGAGCUUGCAAACAAAGUUGGAGCAGCAGAAAUUAUUUCCAGGAUAGUGGAUGAUCUUAAAGAUGAAGCUGAACAGUACAGAAAAAUGGUUAUGGAGACCAUUGAAAAGAUCAUGGGGAAUCUGGGUGCAGCUGAUAUUGACCACAAGCUGGAGGAACAACUUAUUGAUGGCAUCCUGUAUGCCUUCCAAGAGCAGACCACAGAGGAUUCUGUGAUGUUGAAUGGUUUUGGUACAGUGGUCAACGCUCUCGGCAAGCGUGUUAAACCAUACUUGCCCCAGAUCUGUGGUACAGUUUUGUGGCGUUUGAACAACAAAUCGGCCAAAGUAAGACAACAAGCUGCUGACCUGAUAUCUCGUACUGCAGUUGUCAUGAAGACUUGUCAAGAGGAAAAAUUGAUGGGACACUUGGGAGUAGUGUUAUAUGAGUACCUCGGUGAAGAAUAUCCUGAAGUAUUGGGCAGUAUUCUAGGAGCACUUAAAGCCAUUGUGAAUGUCAUAGGUAUGCACAAAAUGACGCCUCCAAUUAAAGACCUGCUGCCUAGGCUCACACCUAUCUUGAAGAACAGGCAUGAAAAAGUGCAGGAGAAUUGUAUUGACCUGGUUGGACGUAUUGCAGACAGGGGGGCAGAAUACGUUUCUGCAAGGGAGUGGAUGAGGAUCUGCUUUGAACUGCUAGAGUUAUUAAAAGCCCAUAAAAAAGCUAUCCGAAGAGCAACUGUGAACACGUUUGGUUAUAUUGCUAAAGCUAUUGGACCCCAUGAUGUGCUGGCGACACUGCUAAAUAAUCUGAAAGUACAAGAAAGACAAAACAGAGUAUGUACUACAGUAGCGAUAGCUAUUGUAGCUGAAACCUGCUCCCCUUUCACAGUACUGCCUGCCCUCAUGAAUGAAUACAGAGUUCCAGAAUUGAAUGUCCAGAAUGGCGUAUUAAAAUCUCUUUCCUUCCUCUUUGAAUAUAUUGGAGAAAUGGGAAAGGACUACAUUUAUGCUGUAACACCAUUGCUUGAAGAUGCUUUAAUGGACAGGGACCUUGUUCACAGGCAAACAGCUAGUGCUGUAGUACAGCAUAUGUCUCUUGGGGUGUAUGGCUUUGGCUGUGAAGACUCUUUGAAUCACUUGUUAAACUACGUGUGGCCCAACGUGUUUGAGACAUCACCUCACGUCAUCCAAGCAGUUAUGGGAGCACUGGAGGGUCUGAGGGUUGCGAUUGGCCCCUGUCGAAUGUUGCAGUAUUGUUUACAGGGUUUGUUUCACCCUGCCAGAAAAGUCAGAGAUGUGUAUUGGAAGAUCUAUAACUCCAUCUACAUUGGUUCACAGGAUGCUCUAAUAGCACAUUAUCCACGAAUCUACAAUGACGAAAAGAACACCUACAUUCGUUAUGAACUCGAUUAUGUCUUGUAAUCUUAUUUCUUAUUUGUUUUGUGUUCAGUACACAGCUAUUCCACACUUGGUUCAGAUCUGGUGAUGUACAAUUUUUAAGACACUGCAGAUCACCAUAGAACGGAUCAGAGGCAGAGCUUAGAAAUCCAGUAGCAUGAUUUUUAAAUAACAUGUCCUUGUUGAUUUUGAUGUUAAAGCCAGUAGUGACCAAGAACGCAGUGAUUACACAGAGUACUGGAAAGAUUUCAUUUUGGAUUCAUCUUGAUGAGGAUUUAGAUUCCAUUCCUUGUGUUUAAAGGGGCUGUUUAUUUGAGAAAUAAACAUUUGUGUAUAAAAUAUUAAUGGUUAUGUGUGUGUUUGAACAUUUUUGGACAGGGAGACAUGUUAACCAGUCUCUGAUAGAUCGUCAAGCAGUUUAUGUAAAAAGGUGGCAUACUGCAUUUUAACCCUCUUUGUCAUACCCUAGCUUUUGAAUAAAUAAGAAAAAUGUUCGCUUUUU